CGGCGGCGACAGCGCGCACCCGGCGGCUGCGGCGGCGGGAGCGAGGCGACCGCUGAGGCCGCGGCGAGUGACGGCGGCCCGGCCGACGGGAGCCGGGGCGGGGCGGCGGCGGCCCAGCGAAGGAGCGCGCGGGCGGUCUGGCCCCGCCCCCGCCCCGCCCGCCUGCCCGGUGACCUUCAGGGGCCCGGGCGGCGGGCGCAGGCCCCUGCGGCGGCGGCGGCGGGAUGUUCGUGCAGGAGGACAAGAUCUUCGCGGGCAAGGUGCUGCGGCUGCACAUCUGCGCGUCCGACGGCGCCGAGUGGCUGGAGGAGGCCUCCGAGGACACCUCGGUGGAGAAGCUCAAGGAGCGCUGCCUCAAGCACUGUGCUCAUGGUAGCUUAGAAGAUCCCAAAAGUAUAACCCAUCAUAAAUUAAUCCACGCUGCCUCAGAAAGGGUGCUGAGUGAUGCCAGGACCAUCUUGGAAGAGAACAUCCAGGACCAAGAUGUCCUAUUAUUGAUAAAAAAGCGUGCUCCAUCACCACUUCCCAAGAUGGCUGAUGUCUCAGCAGAAGAAAAGAAAAAACAAGACCAGAAAGCUCCAGAUAAAGAGGCCAUACUCCGGGCCACUGCCAACCUGCCCUCCUACAACAUGGACCGGGCCGCAGUCCAGACCAACAUGAGAGACUUCCAGACAGAACUCCGGAAGAUACUGGUGUCUCUCAUCGAGGUGGCGCAGAAGCUGUUAGCGCUGAACCCAGAUGCGGUGGAAUUGUUUAAGAAGGCGAAUGGUAUGAGUCAACCCCGAUGCUGCAUUCCAGCAAUGCUGGACGAGGACGAGGAUGAGCGUGUGGACGAGGCCGCCCUGCGGCAGCUCACGGAGAUGGGCUUUCCGGAGAACAGAGCCACCAAGGCCCUUCAGCUGAACCACAUGUCGGUGCCCCAGGCCAUGGAGUGGCUAAUUGAACACGCAGAAGACCCGACCAUAGACACGCCUCUUCCAGGCCAAGCUCCCCCAGGGGCCGAGGGGGCCACAGCAGCCGCCUCCGAGGCUGCCGCAGGAGCCAGCACCACCGAUGAGGAGGCCAGAGAUGAGCUAACGGAAAUCUUCAAGAAGAUCCGGAGGAAAAGGGAGUUUCGGGCUGAUGCUCGGGCCGUCAUUUCCCUGAUGGAGAUGGGGUUCGACGAGAAGGAGGUGAUAGACGCCCUCAGAGUGAACAACAACCAGCAGAAUGCCGCGUGUGAGUGGCUGCUGGGGGACCGGAAGCCCUCUCCGGAGGAGCUGGACAAGGGCAUCGACCCCGACAGUCCUCUCUUUCAGGCCAUCCUGGAUAACCCGGUGGUGCAACUGGGCCUGACCAACCCGAAAACAUUGCUAGCAUUUGAAGACAUGCUGGAGAACCCGCUGAACAGCACCCAGUGGAUGAAUGAUCCAGAAACAGGGCCUGUCAUGCUGCAGAUCUCUAGAAUCUUCCAGACACUAAAUCGCACGUAGGUGGCGCCGUUCCACUCAGCUGUCAGGCCACAGCAGCCCCCUGGUGCAGCCCGAGACCAGGCAGAGUGGACCUCACCUGGAAACUCACCUUCAGCGCCUCAGCCCUGGACUGUUAGAGGUGCCACAGCUGCUCCCGCUCUCUGAUCUUAUUGCUUAUAAACUUCGGUGACGGUAGUGUGUAAGGCUAUAUUUUUAGCAUCUGACAGGUGUUUACAAAAAAGUGGUUGUCGCACUGGAAAGUGGAGUGAUGGCCUCCUCUCCAGUGCUCCUCUGGGCUCUUGAGUUGCUGCUUGAAUUGCCCCGUAGACAUUUGCUUGGAGAGUCCACUUGUUAUUUGACGGAGGUAGGUUUCAACCCAGAGUGUUAAUGUCAAGCAUGCUAAUUUAACUAGUCACUCACAGAUGACUUUUCUUUAAUAAAGUCCCUUUUCCUA